GCUUUACAUGACGGUCCUUUUACGUCGGGAAGAUGGCGGCGACCAGCUGUCCAUGUGGUUGUUUAUAAACAUGAAAUGACACUUGGACAUUUUCUCAACCCUGUCAUGCAAAUUUCUGAUCAUAUUGAAAAUGGGCAAGUCGAAGAAGAAGAAAUUCAGAGCUGCUAAGGCUGAACCAACGGGAUUAACAAGUGUGAAGGAGAUUGAAACGGAAAUUGAGAAUUUUGUUCCGAAUGCACAUGGCACUGUUUCUGAUGUCAUCGAGCAGCUUCAGAGUGUGAACGUGGAGACCCGGGAGUGUGGCUGUUCCACCCUAGCCAACCUGGUCAGCCAGCCGGAAGUUAUACCUCUACUACUACAACACAACAUUGUCAAGAUUGUCGCUCCUUUGAUUGUAGAUCCUAGUCCCCAUAUCAGACAUGUGUCACUAGGAGCUUUGAGAAACCUGAGUGUAAGUGGCGGCCAUGAGGUCUGCGAGGAGAUGGUGCAGAAGGACGUCCUUACACCACUUGUCCUUCUAUUCCAGAAGUAUGGUGUAGGCUGGCUUCCGGACAAGAAGGAGAAGAUUGUGAAACAUGAUGACACUUCUGAGAACAUCUUUGCAGAGGCAGUGCACCUGCUGUGGAAUAUUUGUGAGAGCAGUGACCUGGCAGUGAGUGUGUUCAACAGGGAGACCUUAGUGCAGUACCUGUUGCCUUGCCUGCAGCAUCAGCUGUAUGGCUUCUCUACAGCCAUAGCAGUAGCUCAAUGUCUCCAUGCAGUGACAGAAAACAACAAGAUGGCUGCCGAGUAUUGUCAGACGGGCGGCACAUUAGCACUGCUCAGCCAGUUGAUGACACCGGUCGAAUCAGCAGAUAGUAUCCAGCUAAGCACACUUGUGACAGGGAUCCUGAUCAAUGUCAGCAACCCACUGCAGCCCCAGACUCCGAUGGCGACCCUCGUCCACACACUAGCCACUGUCCUGGCAGUGGACGUCACCAACCUAAUCGGGGAGGCAACACAGAAUGGCUGUCUGAAUGGUGCUGGGAGUAGUGAUGAGGCCAGUAUUGCACACCAAAGGGGCGCUGAGCCUCGAGGUAAACUGAAGGAGGUCGACCAGAUCCUUUCAGCUCAGCAGACCAGCCUCGAGAUCAUCGCCAACCUGUGCUGUGCUGGGGAUGAUGACUGGGAGGACGUCAGCAUCGACUCUGGCUCCUCUGAUGAGAUGGCUGUUGACAUCAGCAUGGGGGAAGACGCCAGUGAGGAAUGUAGCCCUCUGUGCGUGCCAACUGAGAUUCAGGGCGCCCUGCUGAACAACGAUAUCCUCACAAAGGUUUUGAACAAGGCCCAACCUGUAGAGGAGAGCAAACAGCUUGUGCUCAACAACUGUGUCGGGGGCAAGAAAAUAGCUAACAGUCUGCUGCGAGUCCAGACCCAUGCGCUGCUGUGUGUCAACAACAUCCUUAACACCAUGUCCGCCGAUGCUAUGGGUGGGCUGCUGCCACUGCACAAGAUGUGGGACGGGCUGGUGCAGCUCUCCAACUCAACACAAGCCAAGUCUCACCUUGACCUACUGGAAGCAGUGACCAGCGCCAUGAGAGCAGUCAUGCAGAAACUGGCCCAGCUUCAGUCUCCCAAGUUCUCUGAGAUAACAAUCGCUGACCUGCAGUUCCUGUUCGCCCUGAGCCACCAGGACGGUAACGCCAAUGUCCGGGUGAACGCUGUUCGCUGCGUGGCCACUAUUGGCGGACUUCUAGCCAAACUGUCAUCACCACACCCACUGCUGAAGGACAUAGGACAUUUCCUGUUGGAGGUGAUCGGACGUGACCCGGAACUCUGGGUAGUGGCAGAGGCCUUGGACUCGGUAUUUGACGUCUUCGCAGAGGAUCAUAUUGACCCUAUCGUCCGGGAGAUAGCCCUGGUUGAAAAGCUGAGGAACUUCAGACCUAUGCUGACAUCACGGAUCAACAGCGAACGAGGGAGACUUGGAGAACACCAGGCUCUCAUCAGCAUGGUCCGUACCAAUCUGAAACGAUUCAUCGACUACAAGGCCUCACGCUGAAACAUCACCACAGUCAAAUCUAUUGAUGCAUGACAAAACUUAUUGCAGAAUCUUACUAAUCUCAUUUAAAAAGUAUGCUAAGAUUCUCUGUGGAGAGAGUCCUUCACAGACACAGGAUCGUCUUAUUAACUAUACCAUCUUGUACCUGGAAUAUUGCUCAGUACUGUGCUAAACAAACAAACUUAUAAACUAUACAUUCAUGAAUACCUCACUGAGGGUACUGUAUGAUCAGCAGAUAGACACCAGAUAUAUUGUUUUUUCUUCUGUAUUCUUAAGGUAUAAGUGUGCCAGGAAAUUACGAUCGUGGAUUCGAAUCCAAGUCUUCCCUGAUAAUGUUGCUGGGUGUGUCAUCACCAUACCCAUGCUCAUGGGUUUCACCAAAGUGGUAAACGUCUGAGACCUGCAUCACUUCGGGCGUUAUUCCCGCACCAAGGGGACAUGCCGUGAUAUAACUGAAAUACUGUUCACACUUGCUCACUUUCUACACAAUAUUUCAGUUAUACUUCUUGUCCAUCUAUCUUAAUGAGGUUGCCUUGAAAUGUUGAGGAAAAACAAUACAGGAGUUGAAAUGCCUAUAACUUGUGUCUCCAUGACAAAUUGUAAAUGUCAAUGAAAGACCUGAUCCAGGAACAGGUUGUGAUGACUCCAAAAAAGUAGUCUUCACACAAACAAGUACUUGUGUGUCCGGUAAACAUGACCCAUUAUUUCAUUUGUGAUGCCGACAUUUUCAUCACUUCUGUAAUUAUUCUUUGUGAAAACUUACUGUAAAAACAUCCCAUUAGGCUAUGGCUUUUUUAUAGUAAGUGCUGAAAGUAACGAUUUGCUCGCUCUGCACAUAAUGGAAAAUGAUUAAUCACUUCAGUGGCUGCAUAUUUGCAUUGAAAUAUUUAUUUUUAAGGGAAAGUGUGAACCUGAAUAUCUGCUAAUCUAUGUUUCAUAUGGUUGUUUUCUAUAAAAGGACGAAAGUCAUGAAGUCAUGAAAUGAUCUCAGUCAUGUCAGUCAUGUUAGGGUCUGUGCAUAAAUAGUGUUUUCAUUUAGUAUAAGAAAUAGUGAUUUACUUAAGAUCCAACCAAGUAUUGACAUAGGACCAUGUGUAUUUAGAGGUGUAGUGUAUUUUCUGAUCGUCCAACUGACAGGUAUGCAUAAUACUUCAGAAACCUGUUCCACAAACUGUCUGGUAUGUUACCGUGGACAGUCCUUGCUUUGUGGAACGAGAGCUAGACCUUCAAGAUUUGGGGGAUUGUGGUAAAUGUUUCUAGACCUAUCUGAAUGACAAGUCCUUCAUGGUUGUUGAGUUGAAUGGGGGUUAAUACCGCAUUCAAGAUUAAAUAACUUCUAGAACAACAUGCAUGGAUGUGUCUGUAUGGCUGCUUGUACUAGCCCAGCCUAAUGCUGGUUUCAUAGUGCUAGCAUUUUUGAGAUACCAUGGUGCAGUUUAACAUGCAAACCCUUCUCAGACACAGUAUACCAACUACAACCUGACCAAUCAUUACCGUAUUCAACGUAAUAAGCGGCCCGCUCUAAUAAGCGCCCACUGCGAUAUUUGCUAACAUAUUGGCUAGUGAACAAUCCCAAUUAGCACCCCUUACCAAUUGAUCAAUAUACACAAGACUUUUGUAUUCGUGUAUAAUACGUGUGUUAUAUGCAUCCUUAAUUGUGGGCAAUUAGAUUCUGGAAAAAUACAUCUGUCGUAUAUAAACAUUUCAGGCUGUCAGCAUAAACCACGAAAUUUACGAUCUUUUAACCCUGUUGUUUUUCACCAAAAUAAUAUUCUAAUAAGAGCCCCCUAUUUCUAAUUGUGAGAGUGCCCUGGGUGCUUAUUAUGUCGAAUACGGUAUUUAAUCACCUAAAUGCCAAUCAAAAUUCAGGGUAACAAAUAUAUCUAUUACCAUCAUUUGGUAUGAUGCGGACAGGCGAUUGAACCAGCAACCUUUUCCCUGGGCAGACACUAUCCACUGGAACACCGAGGCGGUCCAUUCAGAGUGAAUCAACCCUAUGCCACUCUGUGUACAGAAUCGUCAUAAUUGUCCACUGUUGCCUUACAUUCUGGUCAGGGAAACGGAGCUGGACAAUUCAGGCCACCAAUUUUAUUUGUCCCUGUUUCGUGUUUUGUCAGGGACCGUUGGCACCGCAUGUCUCCAUACUUCUAAAGGAAGGGCAUUAAUCGUUAGCAUUAUUCUGAAAAUAAUCUCUUUUAUGAAAUGGCCUUGCAGUUGAUAAUCUUCAAAGAAUGUAUUAUUACAGUAUGGAUUGAUGGUUUUACAAUUUUAUCUUGUUAGCAUUGUUUUUACACAUACACUCGUUAUGUGAUUUGAGGUACUGGUAAUGCCUUAGGGUCUAUCAGCUAAGUCAAAACCGAUCAAGCUCUGAAACCUAAUUAGGCGCGUUGUUUUUUGUAAAUUUACUUGUGUCAUGAACAAGAGGUUAAACAGCAAGACCGACGAGACAAGCUUAACCAACAGUGUUUUUUAAUUCUAUUUUUCAUCCUACCAACCAGGACUAUAUUUUUUUAACUGUAAACCAAGAAAUUAAAGAUCACGACUCGCAUGUUCUCCAUAAUUUCAGUGGUAUUUACAGACUGGGGGCAUGCUUAGAGUGUCUCAUGCAGCAUGUACGAGCCAGUGGUAUUUACAGACUGGGGGCAUGCUACGAGUGUCUCAUGCAGCAUGUACGAGCCAGUGGUAUUUACAGACUGCGUGCCUGCUUUAAGGAUGCAGUUUAAGGUUGACAGUUCAGUUAACUCGAGGGGUAAGGAUGUUGCCAUUCCCUUGUGAAGCAUUACACUGGAUCCUUUGUACAUGAACCAUGUAUAGGAAUUGUUUUGUGAAUGCAAUAAAACCUUUCCCAAUG